AUGUCGAGCAGUGUCAUUCGGAGCCAGGAGCAGCACAAGGUCUUUGUCGCGAGUGUGAGUUUCUCCUUCAUUCUGUCUGGUCUUCUCGGCAUGGCACAAUUCAUGGGCGAUCGAUCGCGGGGAUCCCUACCCCUCCUUGGAGCCUCGGUCCCGCGCUCCCUGCGGGGUGACGAGGUGGGACUGCCUUGGGGCGGCGAGCAGCGAACAACGACCGGGCGAAGGAUAGAUGGGCGACAGGGCACUUCUCGUAUCUGCAUUGACGCAACGAGUCGUCCUAUUCCCGUCGACUUCGUGGCGCCGAGGGCGUGUGACCGCGCUCCUAGUUGA